GUGCCACAAUGCUGACACAGCAAGACACGCACUUCCCUUCUAUUGCCGGAAAAACACGACUGCCAGCAACUCGUCAGAAGUAGCAAUGUCCCGCCGUCCCACUGUAAAGCGCAUCGACCCGCAUGAGUGGCGCACUCCAACGCGCGUUGGCGCAACGUGCGCGUUUUACCGUGCAAUCCAGGAGGAUGUGAUUGCCUGGUGGCGCAGAAAUCAACGCACAGACCUCCCGUGGCGGCCGGCCACCGGGGCUGAGACGUCUUCGUUAUCUUCUUCCAAGAGCGUCGCAGGAAGUUCGAGCAGUGUGGCGGCCCGCACGCCUCUCUACAACCCGUAUGAGGUGUGGGUGUCUGAGGUCAUGUCUCAGCAGACGCGGAUGGAAACUGUGAUACCGUACUUCAACAAAUGGAUGGACAAGUUCCCUACGAUCGAAGCGCUGGCUGCGGCCUCUGAGGAUGAGGUGAGGGCGGUGUGGGCGGGCAUGGGCUACUACCGCCGUGCCCUCUACUUGCAUAAGGGGUCGCAAUACCUGCUUGAGUGGCGUCGCCGACAGCCCAGCGACAAAUGCUCACGCACGUCCGCCGCUUCCAUGCCGUCGACGCAGCAGGAGCUUCUGAAGGUGCCGGGCAUUGGCCCGUACACGUCUGCUGCCGUGGCGUCCCUGUGCUUCGGCGAGGCGGUCUGCUCCGUUGACGGAAACGUGAUUCGCGUUCUCAGUCGCCUCCGCGGCGAGCGUGGGUUUGAUCCCAAGGUGCCGGCGAACGUGAAGCGGGCGUGUGGGUGGGGACAGGAGUUGAUGGGCAACACCCCCCAGACCGCCUCCGUCGUCUGCGGAGACCCCAGUGCCUUGAAUCAAGGUCUGAUGGAGUUGGGGUCGUCGGUGUGUCGCCCUGGUGGUGCUCCGCUGUGCUCUUCUUGUCCAUUGCGGGCGCACUGCUGUGCCUACGCGUUGCUGCAGUCUGGCGAGAUCGACGCCAUCGAGGGUUUUAUCCCCAUACGGGCGGCUGCGGCUGCCAAGCGGUGUGCCAAGGAGAUAUCUGUAGUGCACGAGGUCGUCGAGGAUGCGGCGGCAGCGUCAGAGGCGAGCCAGCGGCGCUUCGUCGUCGUGCGGCGGCCUCCAACUGGGCUGCUCGCAGGCAUGUUAGAGUUUCCAACUGUGAGCGCCGCUGCCGAAGAUGGCGGAGCGAAAGCGGGACCAGCGCUGCAAGAGCACCCCUUGUGUGCUCUUCCCCUAUUGCGAAGCAGCAAGGAGGCGCCGCUAAAUGUGAAGACUUGCGGAAGCAUCCGUCACAUUUUUAGCCACAUCGACAUGGAUGUGGAGGUGUUUCACGUGCAGUGGCCGGCUCAGAUAAAUGUACCUGAACUUCUGCGCGCUGUUGCGAGCGUCGUCGACGAACGUCAUGCUGACAGUGAGUGCAAUCCGUUUCCUGCGGCAACGCGCAUCUUUUUCAUGUCCGAAGCCGAGCUGAAAGCAGGCGCACCCAGUCGUCUUAUGCUGAAGGUGCUCCAUCAGGUCUCCUCACACGAGGUGAAACGCAAGCGGAGUGCGGCACCACAGGAAGCAAGCGUUCUAUUCAGCCCCUCACCUACAACGGCGUCAAAGAAGCGUGCUUGCCGUUGA